UCAUGCUGCUAACAAGACGUGAGAGAAGAAAUUACAACUGUAUUAUGGAAAUUAUGAAUGUCGCUGUGUGUGAAGGUCUUCGAGAAAUAUUCAAACAGGAAUGGAACAAACAUUAUGGUAUUUCUAAAGGCCUCUGGGAUGACACUCCGCUUACUGGUAACGAGCUUUAUAAUAUGGAGAGACCAAGAUCUGCAGCUAAAUCGUAUCUGCAUUUAUUUAAAUCUGGGAAAAGAAGUGAUUGGGAUUGUUCUGCUUUGACAGAUGCAAUUCUUUAUUCUAAGGCACUUAAGAUGCACUUGGCUCCACACGUUUCCAACAAGGUUGAUGAAUUGAGGGAUCUCAGAAAUAAAUUGAUUCAUUAUUUUGGCUCGCAACAUAAAAUGUCUGAUGUUGCUUUUGAUAACGCCUACAAAAAAGUUGUGAAUUGUUUCAAUGUACUGCUGCUAUCCACAGCGGACAUCCAAAGGAUUAAAAACUCGUGGAGAGGGAAUCAUGUAACUCGUUUAUGGGGGAUGUGGUAUAUGCCAUAUAUUUUUCUCACAGUUUUUCUGGUUGGGUUGCUUGCCAGUGCGCUCUAUAUUUUAGCUACUCAAAACAAAGCUCUCUUCAAGGUCCUUCCUAGGAAACCUGUUCAUUUGGUUGCGAACCGAAAUACAGCUGUUAAAACGAUUCUUGAAGAAUUACAUAAUCUCUCCAGUAGAAAUGACCGUGCGUUGACUUAUUUGUAUGUCUCUGGCAAACCAGGAAGCGGGACGUCUCAGCUUGCUAGGUUAGUAGGUGAACAGUACGCUACAACUACCACGUUUGGUUGGUUUGGUGGCACAACUUUUGUCAUGACUUUAAAUGGCAGAUCAUUACGUCAUAUCUUGAAUUCAUAUGUUGAUUUCGCACAUCGCAUGAAAUGCAAUAAAAGUAUUAUCGCAAACAUCGUAGAUUCUGACGAAACAAGAACAGUAAUGAAAGUUGAGAGUGUUCAGAAAGAAAUUGUUAAGGCGUUGAAAGUCGUCAACAAUGAUUACACUUGGUUGUUGAUAGUUGAUAAUGUUGUAAAGCUUAGUAAAGUAUCUUCAUUUCUCCCUCAACUUGAAGAUGAAGAUUGGACAGGUGGUCAAGUGUUAAUUGCCACACAAGACAUUUCAUCUGUUUCAUCAAACAGUUCUUUGACUGUUCGUAUCUCAGUUAGUCAAGGUAUGGAUCCGGCAGAAUCAUGCAAAUUUCUUAUAGAUCUAUCUGGUCAUGCAGUUGUUGAAAAUCAAUUGUUGAAUGUAGCAAAGGAAUUGGAUUAUCAACCUCUUGCCUUGGCGUACGCUGCGUUUUAUGUCAAACAACGUCGAAAAAGCACAGCAUCUGCAAAGUUUGCUUGGGAAGAUUACCUAAAAAAUCUCGAUGAAGGGAAACGAAACUUUACUGAAAAAAAGCCAAAUGAAAUAAAUGAUACAUACUCAUUAACCAUGUACACUGCUGUUCUGCUGGCCAUCAGGUUGAUUGGAGAAAGUGAUCCUGUUUUAAAACACGCCUUUACAUUUCUUUCGUACGUAUCUCAUGAACCACUACCCUUUCACCUCGUCGAAAGCUACAUCCUUAGUGUUGAUCAAAGUGCAGACACUUCAAAUGUCAGACUAAGAAUUCGAGAAUGUUUUCCAAUUCUUCUUUCAGACGAGAAGAGGCUGCUUUCAAUUUCUUUGCACUCUGUCGUACACGACGUCAUUAAACAAUAUAUCGCUGCUGAUGCAGAAGGAGAUAGAAAAUCGCCAUUACCAGGAAUUGUGUUGCAAAUGCUUAUUCUGCCUAAAAUUCCAAUCCUGGAGAACACCUUGAUUCCUCAUCUGAAAUCUUUUUAUAUCAGAACAGAGAAUUUUCCAACUGAGAUGUUAAUUCCAAAGUCAGGAAAUUUAAAGCAAAAUAUUUAUAAACGUUUGCUCUAUUUGGCUGAAAUGUUAGAGAAAUAUGACGAAUUGUUUUUAUCCAGGUACUACCGAGCUCUUGGUUUUCAGAUAUUUUCCGCGAUUGAUUAAUUAACGAAGGGAUUAAUUAAAGUGCCUAUAUGUCAUGAUCAGAGAAAUGAUGCGUUUCGAUUAUUUAGGUUAUU